AUGCGCGGCUACGGAGAAUCGGACAAGCCCAAGGGAAUCGCCAACUACGCCUACCCCCUGCUGGUCGCCGACCUGGUGGAGCUAGUCGAGUCGCUGGUGAGCGGCAAAAAGCAGAACAAGAUCGUCCUUGUGGCCCACGACUGGGGCGGCGUCCUCGCCUGGACGCUCGCCCAAACGCGACCCGACCUGGUGGACCGCUUCAUCGUCAUGAAUGCGCCCCAUCCUGACGCCUGGGUCGAGCGGAUCGCCACCAGCUGGAAGCAGUUCUUCGCCAGCUGGUACAUGUUCUUCUUCAACGUGCCCUGCCUCGCCGAGAUCAGCCUGCGCAGCGGCGACUUCAAGGUCUUUGACGUGCUCUUUGGGAAGUACUCGAAAAAUGCACCUGAAGAAACGGCCGUGUACAAGCACUACUUUUCGCUGCCGAACGGCACCACCGCCCCUCUGAACUACUACCGCGCCCGACUGCGUGGCUACGGACAGGUGCCCGAGUCAUCGACGACCACGCCUUCAGUUCAACCAAAGACGCUCAUCCUCUGGGGCCGCAAUGACACGGCGCUGAUUGAGGUGCUGGCGGCGGACAGCGCCCGGUACUGCGCCCGGUCGACGGUGCACUACAUUGAGGACUGCUCGCAUUGGAUUCAGCUGGAGAAGCCGGCGGAGGUGAACAAGCUGAUGGCGGAAUUUCUUCAGGAGAAGUAG